GUUACCUCCCCCGCCAGGCGACAGCAGUCAGAGGGGGGAGGCAGAAGCGCCUCCUCCCCGCCCGGAGCCGGGGCUGCAACGCAGGGGGAGGAAGACGCCUGACCUAGCCCCCAAUGAGGGGCGGAUCAUGCCAUGGCAGCGCUUGCGAACGACAGCGGCGGCAGCACCCAGAGCCGGAGCAGCAGCCCCGGGAGCCGGGAGGGAGUUGGGGGUACUACGGCGGGAGCUCGCGACGAUGGGGACCUCGCAGUCCGGGACACCUCGGCGACCGCCCCCAGCCUCCCUCUUCUCGAGGACUACGAGUGCAAAAUCUGCUACAACUACUUCGACGCGGACAGGCGCGCCCCCAAGCUGCUGGCAUGCCUGCACACCUUCUGCCAGGAGUGCUUGAGCCAGCUGCAGCUCCGCGCCGCCGCCUCCAGCGCGGCCCCUGAGCGCGCGCCGCGCCCGCCACCCUGGCAGGGCCCGCCCGGCGCCAUCGCGUGCCCAGUGUGCCGCCACCGCACGCCGCUGCCGGACAGCCGCGUGCACGGCCUGCCCAACAACACCAAGCUCGCAGAGGCCUUCCCGCUGGCUUUGCGCGCCGCGCACGAUCCGCUACCCCAGGACCGGCUCCCGCCUCUGGCCUCCCGCCGCCCCGCGCCCACCGCUGCCUCGCCGCCAGCCCCCACCCCGCAGCCGCAGCAGCUGGCGCCACCACCCGCGGAGGACACCGCCCCCGGGCCUCGCGGCCGCCCAGGCCUCCGCGCCCCGGGAGCCUACGAGAGCUGUCAGAACUGCAAGCGUGCAGCGCUCACCGCCGGCUGCGUCUGCGUGGUCUUCUCCUUCCUUUCCAUGGUGGUGCUGCUGUUCACCGGUCUCAUCUUCGUCAACCACUACGGCGGCGGCGGCGGGGGUGGGGGACCCCCGGGCAGCGGUUCGUCCUCUGGUCCCGCCCCAGCUCCCGGAGGAUCGCCCUCGCCCUCGCCCGUAGGACCCAUCUGUCUGUCAGUGGCUAGCAUCCUGGCACUCUUCUCGGUGGUGGUCACCUGGAUCAUCUGCUGGCUCAAGUAUCGGCCCGAGGGGGCGGCCGCGGGCCCGGCAGCAAGCGGCGGGAGUGGCUCCAGGGCACGGGCAGCUGCAGCUCCCGGCAGGAGGAGCGACAGGUAGAGGGGGCGACACGCCCGGCUCCCCGUGCAUUGCCUACCCUGAGAGGCCCCAGAGGACCUUGCUUCUGGUCUCAGAGGACCUCAGUGCGCUGGGGUUUCUGCUCCCCACCAACUUCGUCUGUGACCAUGGGCCAAUACCGAGCCUCAGCUUCCCGCCUCAGUUUCCCAUCUUUCUGUUCCCUACUUCACUGGGCAAGAGGGAUGCCGGUGUGUGUAUGGGAGGGCGGGUCUUUUACCCAGAUCUCUGCUUUAUGUGCCAGCUCACCCUGACCAGAGUGUGUGGCUGUCCCUUCCCAAAAUCUGGGAAGGUGCCGAAAGCGGAUUGCCUCUAGCGCCAUUGGACUUGAAUUGCCUAAUGGAAGACUGACUGCAUUGUAAAUGCAAAUGACCUUUCUGCGUCUCAAAGAUCCCCGGAGGGGAGAAACUGUCGAACAGCCGACUCUGCACACAGAGGGGUGAACGUCUGGACCGACUUAGCACUAGUCGGCUUCUGAGCUAUGCUGGGCAGGUGCUCAGCGCGCGUGCGUGUGCGGUCCAGGCCAUCUCUGUUCUCCCUCAAGCUGGCACGUACUAGUUGGUGAUCCGUUGCUUUCCGCCUGGUGGCUGGAGCCGAGCCCAGAAGUCCCAUCUCCUGGAGGCUUGCGGUUGUUUUAUUCACAUUGCUACUGCCAGGAAAGUCAUUUUCAUCUUCUGUAACCGGACUCGACUCAGGGAGCUUAAAGAACUUGACCUCCUUUCUCUCAAAACUGACUGACUGUUGCCCCCACCUGGAAGAUAAUGAAAGCUAUUUGCUCAGAGUAUAAACUAUAGGUUUUCCCUUUUCCUGUGACCCUCCUCCCCCCAUUUCACUUAAAAAUAAUUUAUUUUUGAAUAUGUAGAUUUGGAAGUUUUGCACAUUGAGAUCUCUGGAAGCCGUUUUGAACGGCUUCAUUUCUCUGUUACCUCUCAUUCAAAUGCAUUUCAGAACCAGAAGCCGAAAAAUCAAGGAGUGUUAGUAAUUCAUUCAAGAUUUUAUACUGUGAAACAACUUUCAACUCUAUGAAAACACAGACUAAUGCCCAAAGAUGAAACUCAAAAGAGCCUCUGUCUCUAAUGAUUAUCGAGAUAUUGUACAUUUAUCAUAUCUUGAGUUUGGCUUUUUGCUGUCAUGGAAAUCAUUGAAAUGUCCACACCUGAUGGGGGAAUAUACAUGUCUACCUGAUUCUGAGACUAACGGGAAUGAUUUGUGAGUGCGUACUUGACAUGGUAUAGCUGCCUUUUCCAAAGAAAAACAUGGAUCUAAGUGUAUUUUGUAUGGAAACAAAUGUUCCUUCUUUUGGAAAUUGGAAGGAGAUAGUUUUCAUGGUUUGAAAAAAAUCAGAGAUGUCUCUUGGGGGUGUGUCAUUUUUCCUUGUGUAUUGUGUAGUCUGCAUGAUGCCCUGACACCAUGUUAUUAACUGAAAUCGAAUGAAGCAUUUAUAUCUAUCACAUGAACAAAGUAAUUUAUUGGCCAUCCCUAAGUAGCGCGGCUACAAUUUAGGAACCACAAUAUGGUGUGUUAGAUGUCUAUGUUGUCUUAAUAAAAAUAGGAAGUGUUUGUAGA